AUGAAGAUCUUCUACGUCAAGCUUUGUCAAGACUACGACUUCUCGACUAGCUGCAACAGCUUCACGAAGAGCCAGAUACAUCGCUCCCGACCCCUUCAGGCCUCCGUCUCAAAGUUUCAGCGGCUGCCACGAGAUCCCAGAUCAAUAGAAACAGAGUUGAAGAAGGUUUUUAUGGGCUUCGGAGAUCCACGAGUCCAAAUUUACCGCUGGUUCAGGCUACUUGAGAAGUGGCAGAUCGAGUACCAUGAUUACUCGGUUGACUAUCGUUUUAUGAUCACUUUCAAUUGCAGGCGGGUGGAAAACCGAGAGGAGGCAUUUCUGGCGCUUCGGGGGGAGGAGGAGGAUUGGACAGCGUGGCGGAAGGCAUGUGCGGAGGAGGGGACAGCCUGCGAGGACGAUGAACAGGCACUUCCUUCGGCUUAUGGGUUCUGGCUCUUCCCCAUAGAUGCAUUCGGGCCUAUUCCAAGUGCCAGCAAGCAGAUCCGCAAGACCGGCAGGGCCAGAACAAGAGAUCGGUCUCGAGUUUGGGACCACUUCAAGGCAUGGGAUCUGUCGGAGCACAAGCCUGAACUCUGCCUGCAAUAUCUCCCCGAGGCACCAUUAUCUGAGCUUGAUCCCAUCGCCGCUCUUGCUCACCCUCACGUCACCCGCACUCAGUGA